CACAGAUUUCCUAUCUUUUACGACCAUCUGAUUACCAGAUAGCGGUAUUGUAUUCUGCCGCAGCUGAAAAGUUUAAAUUCCAAUCUCUGCUGUGCAGUAGUGGCAAUAUACAAGUUGAUAUGUCGCUGAUUUGUACAGGCUUUACUAUUCUAGGGUAGGCAGUGUUUUUGCCCUGGUAUCCGGCUGAUAAUCAAAUUAAUCCAAUUUGUACUAACUGCAUACCAACCAAAGCCAAGCUGCACUGGAGUGUGUGAAUAGCCGAUUGAAAAAUCUCAUCCCAUAGCCAUGCACUUGAGUCCACGGGAGCAGGAAAGUCUUCUUAUCCACAACGCCGGAUUUGUAGCCCAAAAGAGAUUAGCGCGAGGAUGCAAGCUAAACCAUCCAGAAAGCGUAGCGCUGAUUGCCGCUCAGUUGCAAGAACUAGUAAGGGAUGGCAACCACAGCGUUGCGGAGUUGAUGGACAUUGGCGCAAAAAUGCUGGGUACGAAUCAAGUUAUGCCGGGCGUGCCGGAAAUGAUCCACGAGAUCCAAAUUGAAGCCACAUUUCCAGAUGGCACUAAACUUAUAACGGUGCAUCACCCUAUAUCAGCUCAGGAUGGCGAUCUGCAGUUGGCGUUAUACGGCAGUUUUUUGCCCGUUCCGAGUUAUAACGUUUUCCAGCGUGGAUCUUCGGAUGUUCAUGGUCAGUCGCCCGGUCAGAUUAUGCCGGUCAAAGGAAAUCCCAUUCAAAUCAAUCAAGGCCGACGCACCGACAUUUUGGAAGUCCAGAGCUUUUGCGAUCGCCCCAUCCAAGUUGGCAGUCACUAUCACUUCAUCGAAGCUAACAAAUUCCUUCAGUUUGAUCGUGCUCGGGCGUAUGGAAUGCGACUCAACAUCGCUGCUGGUACCGCAGUCCGGUUCGAACCAGGCGACAUCCGGAAAGUCUUCCUAACCGAAAUUGCCGGAAAUCAAGUCAUCAGAGGAGGAAAUGGAUUGUGCAAUGGACAGUUCUCUUUAGAAAAUCUUCCCUCCGUUAUGGAACGGCUUCUGAAUCAAGGCUUCCGACAUGCCAAACAAGAGCAUGAUUUGGAGAUCCGUACUGAUCCUUCUCGAAUACCAAGGCCAGUGUACGCCAAGAUAUACGGGCCGACAACUGGAGAUCGUGUCCGACUGGGCGACACCGGUCUUAUCAUAGAAGUCGAAAAGGAUUACACAGUUUACGGAGAUGAGUGCAAAUUUGGCGGUGGCAAGGUUCUUCGUGAAGGGAUGGGCCAAGCAGCGGGUAUCGCCAACAAAGCUGAACGCUCGCACACCGCCCUGGAUACAGUGAUCACAAAUGCUCUGGUUGUUGACAGCGUGACAGGAAUUUUUAAGUGCGAUAUUGGAAUAAAGGAUGGGCAUAUUGUGGGACUUGGAAAGGCCGGCAACCCUGACGUAAUGGAGGGUGUUGACACUAACUUGAUAGUGGGUGCGGGAACAGAGGCCAUCGCCGGAGAGGGAUUAAUAAUAACCGCUGGUGCUAUUGAUACCCAUGUGCAUUUUAUUUGUCCCCAGUUGGUCCGAGAAGCCGUUGCUGCAGGGAUUACCACAAUGAUUGGAGGCGGAACUGGUCCGGCGUCAGGUACUUGUGCCACCACAUGUUCUCCUGGACCGGAACACAUUCGGCAGAUGAUGGAGGCUACGGAUAAUUUCCCAAUGAAUUUCGGGUUUACCGGCAAAGGAAAUUCAAGUGGUACCGGAUCGGGAAAAUUAGCCCCUGAACUAGUGGAACAAAUCGAGGCUGGCGCUAUCGGGUUAAAGCUGCACGAAGACUGGGGAACAACACCGUCUGCCAUCGAUGCAGCUUUAAAAGUUGGAGAGGCGUACGAUGUCCAAGUGACAAUCCACACCGACACCCUUAAUGAAUCGUCCUGUGUAGAGCACACACUGGAAGCGAUAAAUGGACGAACGAUUCAUGCUUACCACACGGAAGGGGCCGGUGGUGGACAUGCUCCUGACAUCAUGAAAGUAGUCGGCGCCCAAAACGUCAUACCUAGCAGUACCAACCCAACGCGACCAUUCACCGUUAACACAAUCGACGAGCAUUUGGAUAUGCUGCUGGUUUGCCAUCAUCUGGAUAAGAAUCUCAAAGAAGAUUUGGCUUUUGCUGAAAGUCGAAUUCGAGCGGAAACGAUUGCUGCAGAAGAUAUCUUACAUGAUUUGGGUGCCAUUUCUAUAAUCAGUUCCGAUUCUCAGGCAAUGGGUCGCAUUGGCGAAGUCAUAACGCGAACGUGGCAGACGGCAGAUAAAAUGAAGAGCAUCCGCGGACGACUUUCUGAAGAAACGGGCGACAACGACAACUUCCGGGCUCGUCGAUACGUGGCAAAGUACACUAUAAAUCCUGCCAUAGUUAGUGGCGCGCGCGAUAUUAUUGGUUCCAUUGAGAUUGGAAAGUUUGCCGACUUAGUGUUAUGGGAACCGGCGUUCUUUGGAGCAAAGCCGGCCAUGGUGCUGAAGGGUGGGCAGAUUGCAUGGUCUCAGAUGGGUAUGCCAAAUGCUUCUAUACCAACUCCUGAACCAGUGAAGCAGCGUAAAAUGUUUGGUGCUUAUGGGAAAAGUCCAUCACAUAAUUCCAUUCUUUUUAUCUCUAAGGUCAGCGAGGGAAAAAUUUCACUACAACCAAAAAACGAUAUGCCGUUCAUGGGUGCGCUAAAGUCAGCAAGGCAUCCAUGGUGUUGAAUACAGCCACUCCUCGGCUAGAAAUUAAUCCAAACAACUAUAAAGUCUACAAUAUUAUCUCUAAAACUGAUGGAUCCACAGACAAGGAACACUUGACCUGUCCGCCUGCAAAAACGCUUCCCCUGACCCAGCGUUACUUCUUGUUUUAGGAUGAAGAAUCGUGUCAUUUCGUACAUUUUGCUUCUGCCUGAUUUCGUCCUAAAGUUUUUUAGUACAUACUGUAAUCAUUUCGUUUACCGUCACUGUGUUUAGUUUCCCAUCGACUGACGACUAACAGUUCAACAGCAAUGAAAAUUAAUGUUAAAUUAAAGUUUCGUUAUUUGAACAUUUCUUGAAAUAGGGGAAUCUAAAAAGUAUUCUGAAAGAAAAUGACGAAAAUAGUGCUGAAAUAAAUGUUUUUCAGUUUUUGUUAUUGUAUGGAGUUUGUGGAUUACCACAUGCUGCACCUUAAAAAUCACAAGUCCGCU